CCUUAGAUCAGCUGACAUCGCAGACACCUGUCUCCUUUGGAGAACUGCCUUCUUUGGAUCCGUUGAAAGCCGAGGGAACGGGUUUCUGCCUCCCCUGUGGUGGCACCAUGGCCGGCUGUUUCACCUGCUGCCACAGAAGGUAAAGUCAGGGGGGAGAGGGGAGACAUCUGAAGCCUUUUCUGUCCCCCAAUGCCCAAAGACAAUCUUUGGUAAUAAUAAUAAUAAUAAUAAUAAUAAUAAUAAUAAUAAUAAAUAAAUAAAUAAAUUUAUUAUUUAUACCCGGUCCAUCUGGCAAGGUUUCCCCAGCCACUCUGGGUGGCUCCCAACAGAAUUAAAAGCAGAAUACAGCAUCAAACAUUAAAAAACUUCCCUAAACAGGGCUGCCUCAGAUGUUUUCUAAUAGUCUGGUAGUUGUUGUUCUCUUUGACAUCUGGUUCCACAGGGCGGGCGCCACCACCGAAAAGGCUCCCUGCUUGGUUCCCUGUCACCUCACUUCUCGCAGGGAGGGAACCGCCAGAAGGCCCUCGGAGCUGGACCUCAGUGUCUGGGCUGAACGAUGGGGGUGGAGACGCCCCUUCAGGUAUACUGGGCUGAGGCCGUUUAGGGCUUUCAAGGUCAGCACCAAUACUUUGAAUUGUUAUUUGACUCUUCUAACUCCUGUUCUGGCUGUUAUGUGAGACAAAAGUUUCCCUGGUGAAUAUUGGGAGAGUUUUCUUUCUCGUCUCCGUUCAGUUUGCAGGAGAACCCCACCCAACCCAGCAAAUAUUCAAAAAAAUGCUCCCCGCUGCCCCCAAUUUCUCCAUCCACAAAUAGGAUGAGGAAUCCUGGGAGCCCAUCCUACACUCCACCCUAAAAUACAACCCCACCUCUCCAGGGCCCACACAUGCCCUCUUGGGUGCUCCUUCCUUGGGUGCAUUUACAGUGUCUUAAAUUGCAUUCAAGGGGCUAGUCCUUUGCAGCAGAAGCACCACAUAAUAAUAAUAAUAAUAAUAAUAAUAAUAAUAAUAAUAAAUUUUCUUUAUACCCCACCCUCCCUGGCCAGGGCUGGGCUCAGGGCGGCUAACACCAAAUAAAUUACAAUUAAAAUAAUGGGAGGGGGGAACCAAUUUAAAAUACGGGUUAGAAUACAAUUUAAAAUGCAGCCCCAUUUUAAUAGUAGCCCAUAGAUCGAAACCAUAAGAGGAGGGAAACAUAAGGGUCGGACUGAGUCCAAACCAAAGGCCAGGUGGAAACAGCUCUGUCUUGCAGGCCCUGCGGAAAGAUGUCAAGUCCCGCAGGGCCCUAGUCUCUUGUGACAGAGCGUUCCCCCAAGUCGGGGCCAGUACUGAAAAGGCCCUGGCCCUAGUUGAGACCAAUCUAACCUCCUUGCAGCUUGGGACCUCCAAAAUAUUGUCAUUUAUGGACCUUAAGGUCCUCCGUGGGACAUACCAGGAGAGGCGGUCCCGUAGGUACGAGGGUCCUAGGCCGCAUAGGGCUUUAAAAGUUAAAACCAGCUCCUUAAACCUGAUCCUGUACUCCACCGGGAGCCAGUGCAGCACCGGGGGAACGUGAUCCCAUGGCGAGGACCCUGUAAGAAGUCUCACCGCGGCAUUCUGCACCCGCUGGAGUUUCUGGGUCAGUCUCAAGGGCAGCCCCAUGUAGAGCGAAUUACAGUAGUCAAGCCUGGAGGUGACCAUCGCGUGGAUCACUGUGGCCAGAUCGGGGUGAGAAAGGGAAGGGACCAGUUGCUGUCAGCCCCCUUCAAGGCCCCCCUCUGGGCUUCUGCAGGACACUGGUCUGCCUGUUGCCCUGGGGUAGACUUCAGAAGGCAAGCGGGAAAAGGAUCCACACCAAAUGAAUCGGAGGUCCCGGCUCUGCUUUGAGGAGGGAAAGGCUGCUGGGAGAGACUCACUAAGCCUGCCUGGGAGUCAGAGGCUGACGGCCGGCUGGGAAGCUCCCCAUCUCUUGAGAUUGUCUUGGCCUCACUCUGAUGGAGGAUUCUGGCCCCGGCCAAAUCGAUGGCUUGAACCUGCCACCCCCUGGCAGAGGCGUAGGAAGGUCAGGUGGUACCUGGUGCGGAAAAUUUAUUGUCAUGCACCCCACACGUUGAUUUUAAUUUUUUUUGCCUGCAAAAAUGGUUUUACGUAAUGGUUUUCUUACAAAGGAACAUGGAUUCUGAGCCUCUGAUAACAAGCAGGCGACUAUGGACAGAUUCUUAAAUCUACAGGAUUGAUUGUGUUUUGGCUUAUGUUAUUUUAUUUCUAUUUAUUGCUUAUUUAUUUAAUAAAAUUUAUUUUAAAAACCUGCAUAGUGGUUUACCAAAACAACAACAACAAAACACCACAGCAGUAAAAUCAAGAAAAAUUAACAAUCCUACUUUAAAACAUACAAAAGCUAAAAUAUUAAGAUUAAAAUUACUUCAAUUUCCCAAGCAUCUAGGUAUGCUUGUCUAAAGAAGAAUGCUUCUAGCAGGUGCCUGAAAAGAGUCUAGCAAAGGCACGUGCUUUGUUGAAAUUUCAGCCUUUACGACAAAGGAAAAUGGCCAAGUAAACGGCUAUUUUCGUGGAGGAGGAUCAAUAUAUUAACUGAUAUGCGUGAAAUUUCAUAUGUAGCUAUAUAAUCCCUAGUGUAGUAAGAUAAGACCUUUGGAGCAGGCAUUUAAAAAAAAAAAGUUUUUUAUGAACUGCCCUGGUAGGGCAGUAAUUGUUGCUUGAUAAUUUGUCACCCCCCUCCAUGAUGGCACCUGGGGCAGCCCCCCCACGCCCGCCCCCCCUUUUCUCGGCCCCUGCUCCCUGGGCUCAGGGGCUCAGGCAGUUUUGGUUUUGGCUCUUGACAUCCGCCUGCUCUCUGGCUCACCCCCUCCAGACUGGUUCCCUGGUGGGGAGUCAAGCCUUUCAGAUCCGUCAAGCUCCGUAUUGCCAAUUAUUCUGAGCGGCAGGAGUGUCAGGCGAAGGACCUUCUCAAGUCGACCUGACAAUGCCUUGGGUGCAGCCUGGGGCAUUCUGAACCCAGCCAUGGUCCUUCCCUAAAAAGAAAGAUUCCUGGCCUCAUUAGUGGGGUGGAGAGGUGGGGGGGAAAUUCACAUUUGUGAACCAAUGCUCCCCUUUGGUUUCAGACAGCACAUGGGUAGACGCAGGGCCAGAUUUAGGUUUGAUGAGGCCCUCAGCUACUGAAGGUAAUGGGGCCCUUUAUAUGUCCAGCUGUCCUUUGUCAACAACAAACGGUCGCUGUUUUUUGUGUUGAAUAUACAAUAUGAUAAUCUUUAUUGUCAUUGUCCCAUACAGAACAACGAAAUUGAAAAAAAAUCUACAUCAGACAUUCAAAAACCAACAAGCCUGGUUAACCCCCUAAAAACUCUGAUACCCCAUAAUUAAAUACAAUAUACUCCCAUAGAGACUACCUUACACUGUGUUUAAAAAACAAAAUCGCAUUUGGAUAGAAACUGUUUCUCAGGCGGCUAGUCCUGGUUUUAAUAACUCUGUAGGCAGAAGCUGAAAUAGAUCAUUUCUCGGGGGGGGGGGGGAAUUUACUGCACUAUCUCUGCAGCUUUUUUAUGACACCUGGAAGCAUAGAUUUGAUCCAAGGUGGGAAGAGAAUAUAUGCUAUAUGGUAAUUUGUGGACCUAAUAGGUAUCUCAAGCCAUUUGCCCAUGUUGCCAUGCAGCCAGUUCAUGCAGAAUGUAGGCACCCUAUAUAUAGAAAGGAGCAAAGCAGGGAUAUUUGAGGGAGCAGGCGGGGCCCAUGACUUACACCAGAGGAGCCUACACAACACUCUUGCUGUAGGUAGGCUUUAUUUUAUUUGUUUUUUAUCUUAUAUUUUGGAAAUGUACAUCCAGUUUUCCCGCUGUAGCCUUAUUGGAGUUCACCAAUUGAGUCUGCGUUGCUCCGGGACAGGAGGAAGGAAGUCAAAUGACACCAAGUUGGUUCAAAGAAAGAGUUUAUUCUGCUCUCCAGUGUGGUGUAGUGGUUAAGAGCGGUAGUCUCGUAAUCUGGGGAACCGGGUUCGUGUCUCCGCUCCUCCACAUGCAGCUGCUGGGUGACCUUGGGCCAGUCACACUUCUCUGAAGUCUCUCAGCCCCACUCACCUCACAGAGUGUUUGUUGUGGGGGAGGAAGGGAAAGGAGAAUGUGAGCCGCUUUGAGACUCCUUAAAGGGAGUGAAAGGCGGGAUAUCAAAUCCAAACUCCUCUUCUUCUUCUUCUCCGGAUAGCAGAAGGCACUUGCGUGAUCAAGUCCACAGCAAGUCCAAAGAAAUGACAAGUUUCAUGCAGUAUAUAUACCCUCCCGGCAUCCUCUCCCCCUUCCCCAGCCACGUCAACUUGUAUACACAGGUUGACAUCACAUAUGUUCCUGCUCUGGUACUCUCAACCAUAAAAGGAUCUUCCUUCCUGUACUUCUGACCAUAAAAGGAUCUUUCUCUUCCUACUCUUAUCUGGGAAGACGUCAUAAUCUCCGGGAACACGCUUUUGGCGUUUUUCCCGGACAUUGGUCUCGCGUGUAUUUUGUGGUCAGCACAUAAGAUAAAGUUCUGACGUGUUUUCUUUGUUCCCCUGGAGAGCCAAGACCAUCCCUUGCUGUGACUGAUAAAGGAGAGAACUGUUUAUGCAGUUGUGUCCUUAUUAUGGUUUUGCUCAACAGUUCAAAUUUUACGCAUUUAAAAGUGCUCUCUUUUGAAAGAACAAAAAAGGGGGGGUUGAGUCAGGUUUUUAAACUUACUACACAGAAACUCAUUCCUUCACCCCCUUUAAUUUUUUGGGGGCCCCCCAAGAGAGUGGGGCCCUAAGCUACGGCUUGUUUAGCUUAUAGAUAAAUCUGUCACUCGUCUACCGUAGACGAGUCUCAAAAGCCUGGGGCACAAAUUUUCACAGCUCUCUUGUGGGUAGGGUGGCUUAUUUGCCAGAAGCAGUGGCCUAGCGUGGGGGUCCCUGGGCGCACAAUUGGGGCGCGAACCAGGCACCCCCUUCAGAGAUCCCCAUUGUGCCCACCCUGCCAGGCUCCAGUGGUGAGGGCUGGGUGAGUGCGGACAUUAUCUUCACCCUCUGUGCUCGGCCAGCCCUCACUGCCGCCAAGCGGGUGCUCAGGCACUGGGCGGGGUGAAGAUCACCCUCUGCCCUCCCCAGUCCUUGCUGCCACUGGUGCGUGAACACCCACCUGUAGAAGUGGGUGGCGAGGGCUGGGCAAGUACGCUCUGCCCCUGCCUGGUACGUGUGGACAUGCAGCCUUCCCGGGCUCUGGCAAAGAGCACCACGCCCCUGGCCAGAAGGAACGGAUUUGGCACAAACCCUGGAAGUGUCUCCUUGAUUCUGGCCAAGUUAAGCAUCCUGGUGUAUAUUGUCAGAGUCGAGUAGACACUUCCAGAGUUCAUGCUAAAUACUUUGGGUAAAUGAGCCCCCAGAAAAUCUGUGCCCUGGGCUUUUUCACCCCGUCUACCCAUGUACUAUCCGAAACCAAAGGGGCGCAUUGGUUGCCAGACAUGAAAUGCAUUGGAAUUAUUUUCUGCUCCCCCCUCCCCCUCCAUGGUUCUAUAUAUAACUUCUGAAAUUAAAUUUUCUGUUUUACAAUUUGAAAUACUCAUUUAUACAUCCUUAAGAUACCAAUAACAACAAUAAUAUUUUUUUAUUUCUACCCUGCCCAUCUGGCUGGGUUUUCCCAGCCACUCUGCGUGGCUUCCAACAAAAGCUUAUAAAUACAUCAAAACAUCAGUCAUUAAAAACUUCCCUAAAGAGGGCUGCCUUCAGAUGUCUUCUAAAUGUCAGAUAGUUGUUUAUUUCCUUGACAUCUGAUGGGAGGGCGCCACCACCGAGAAGGCCCUCCCCUCCCUGCUUCUCUUUCCAUGGUUCAUUUUCAUAAGUCCCAGCUUAUUUUACAAAAACUAUACCAUUCUGUAUUCCAUUAUUGCAUCCAUCAAAGCUUAUUUAUGCCGUUGAAUUUACCUUAAUUCUGACAGUGUUUCCAGCUGUACACAAUUAUUCCCCAUAUAUUCCAGAAAUGUUUUCCAGCCUUCUCUAAACGUAUCUUCUUCUUGUUUUCUUAUUCUAUAUGUUAAGUCUGCAAACUGCGCAUAUUCUGUCAACUUCAGUUACCAUUCUUCUUUGGUUGGGGCCUCCCUCCUUUCCCACCCCCUCCAUGGUUCUGAGUACCAGGAGGCUGAUGAAAACAGGACAGUGCCUCCUGGUGCAGUCAGGCUCCUCUAGCUCAGCCCUUCCUUCCUUCCUUCCUUCCUUCCUUCCUUCCUUCCUUCCUUCCACUUUAUUUCAUUUACAAAAUUUACAAAGAACAAGAAUAAAUUGAUCCUCAACUACCUAUUCUAAGAUAUAAAUAAAUAUUACAAUGUACAGUCCUACCUCGGGUUACAGACGCUUCAGGUUGCAUGUUUUGGGGUUACGGAUGUGCCGAAACCCAGAAGUACCGGAACGGGUUACUUUUGGGUUUCGGUGCUGGCGCAUGUGCAGAAACACUAAAUCACGCUUUGUGCAUGCACAGAAGUGCCGAAUCGCAACCUGCGCGUCCUGCACGGAUCACGUUCGCAACCCGAGUGUCCACUGCACUUAAUAAAAAUGUUGAAAGAUCUAGGAUAAACUUGACCCUGGCUCAGCCCUUUUAAGCCAGACUGGCAGGCGCUGUCCAGGGGUUCAGACCAGGAGGCAUCUUUCCCGGGGGGCCCGAUCCUGGGACCUUCUGCACGCAAAGCAGACGCUCUCCCCACUGCGUGGCAGACCUUCCCCAACGUGGCAAAUGGACCGAUGUUACAGAGCUUUCCUAGGGAUCCCUGCUACCAGCGGCGGAUCUCCGGCUCUCCAAUUUCAGCACCUUCGCCUCUCGCGCUGCUGCUUCUCUAAGGCAUGGUGGGGGCGCGCCCAGCAGCGCCCUCUCCCCGGUUCCGCGCCCCUCACACGCCCCUAAAUCUACCUCGGCUGCCCCCCACGUGCAUUUGCAACAACCCCGGGACCCGCGUUCAAAUCCACGAGACUUGGCUCUCGCCUGAAAGCCUCUCGCCGCGGAGUUGCCUCGUUUGCCCAGCAAUCCAGCAGCGACCAGGCGGCGAAGCCUCUUUUGGGUCUCUUCUCCGGGCGCUUGGGAUUUGCUCCCCAACAAUCAGACCAGCUUUUCAAGUAAGAAUAGAAAGGUUUACUUACAUGGAACUUGCGCCCUUCGGUGCUGUAUGGAUCUAGGCAGAGGCACAGGAGAUCGACCGAGAGCAAAAAAUCCCUGUUAGCAGGAAGGUCCUUUGGGUGCGUCUGCAGCCGCCAGACAUCCCUUCGGUUCCAGAGCUCAGCGAGAGAGAAGUGGCACUGCUUGCAAAAGGCAAACAGAUCCUUUUCCUCCUCCUGCUGGAGAGAUGCGGGAUCACGACCACACGGAGCCCGGCAGCUUUCUCGAGGAUUUAAAGACUCCGGUUGUUCUCCCGUGCCGGAUUCACCUAUAAGCUAAACUAGCUGUAGCUUCGGGCCCCGCUCUCUUGGGGCGCUCCCAAAAAUUAAAGAAAAACAACAACUGGAUGUGCAUUUCCAAAAUGCAAGAUAAAAAGCAAAAUAAAACCUACUUACAGCAACAGUGUUCUGUGUUGUGUAGGCUCCUUUGAUGUAAGUCAGGGGACAGCAAACUUUUUAAGCCGUGGGCCGGUCCACUGUCCCUCAGACCUUGUGGGGGGGGGGGGACUAUAUUUUGAAAAAAAUAAUGAACGAAUUCCUAUGCCCCACAAAUAACCCAGAGAUGCAUUUUAAAUAAAAGGACACAUUCUACUCAUGUAAAAACACGCUGAUUCCCAGACUGUCUGUGGACCGGAUUUAGAAGGCAAUUGGGCCAGAUUCGGCCCCCGGGCCUUAGUUUGCCUACCCAUGAUGUAAGUCAUGGGCCCCACCUACUAGCCUGCUCCCUGAAAUAACACUGCUUUGCUCCUUUCUAUAUAUAGGGUGCCUACAUUCUGCAUGGACUGGUUGCAGGGCAAGAUGUGCAAAUGGCUUUAGGUAUCUAUUAGGUUCAUCAAUUACCAGCCAGAGGGCCUUCUCAGUAGUGGCGCCCGCCCUGUGGAACGGCCUCCCACCAGAUGUCAAAGAAAUGAACUAUCUGACGAUUAGAAGACAUCUGAAGGCAGCCCUGUUUAGGGAAGUUUUUAAUGAUUGAUGUUUUGAUGUAUUUUUAAUCUUUUGUUGGAAGCCACCCAGAGUGGCUGGGGAAACCCAGCCACAUCGGCAGGGUAUAAAUAAUAAAUUAUUAUUAUUAUUAAGCAUAUAUUCAACACAAAAAAAUAGUGACAAUUUGUUGCUGACAAAGGACAGCUGGACAUAUAAAGGGCCCCUUUACCUUUGGUACCUGAGGGCCGCAUCAAACCUAAAUCCGGCCCCGACUCCAAUGCACAGUUGCAUUUGUCUGCAUUAAAUUUCCGUAGUUUUUUUAGAUGAUCUUUAUUGAGUUUUUAGUUACAUACUAUACAUACACAUACAUUAUAUUUCACAUUUGUUCUUGCUCCCCGGAGCUGACUUCCCUCCUUCCUUCUUAAACAUAAAUUUUCCCCAUUCUUUUUGAUAUGUUUCGUCACCCUGAUGUCGAAUUUUUGCUGUUAGUUUGGCUAUUUUGGCUACCCUGUCUGCAUUAAAUUUCCUUCCAAGAAAUUCGCCUCAAUGUUUCCCUCCUCUUUCUCCUUCCACAGGAGCAGAUCUGAAAACAACACAAAGUGAGUGGCUCUUUCGUGCCCUUGAAUGUACCUUUGAUAAGAAAGUAUCAGCUUCCAAUUGAGGAGGGUUUGACCCCGGACGGAAGUGGUGGAUGUUUCUUCAGCAGGGAGAAGCUGCUCAUCUGGCCCAUGCCUGGAAGGUCUAGGGCAGACAGGCAGCCAGGGCCGCCGGGGUCGUUUGGGGAGGGUGCUGUGCGUGUCCCACAGCCAGGAGGAAUUGGGAAGGGGGUGACUCGUUCCCCUUGGCAUCCCGGGGGGCAUUCCCAGUGCCCUCCUGCUGCAAAGAGCAUUCCUUGCUUCUCUGUCUUUCCAGGCUGCCGAAGACGAAAGAGGAGCCACAGGAAGGGGGUGAGUGGGGAUCUGGGGGUGUCUAGUCCAGCAACCCAGAUCACUACCCAAAUUCAUACCCCACCCCACCAGCAUGCUGGGCUCUGCUUGGGGACGUUUGCCCCACGGGGGGCUGCCAAGGAAACCUGCCCCCUGUCCCUCACCAGCCUGACCCCUGCUGCAGAGGAGGCAGGUCAGGGCCAGAGCCAACUGGGCCAGCUGUCACCUGCUCUUUCUUGCUAGUCACCUUUCUUUCCUCCUGCAGAAACCCUCCCUGCUGCUCCUGCGACUCCUCCUGCCCCUGAUCCAGAGCCCCAACAGCAGGAGGUCAAGGCGCUCCUGACCAGCCCCCCUGCGGAGACCCUCCUGGACCCCACCAGGGGCUCCCUGUUGCUUCUGCAGAAGCAUCUGCAGGUCCUCAAGGAGAUGCAGGGCCAGUACCUUCAGGCAGGUAAGUCUUGGAGAGGGGCACCUCCUGGCCUCCAGCCGGGGAACCCUCUUGCCAGGGGUCUGAUCCUUUCCCUCUCCUUCUCGCUUCCCAAUUUCAGAAGUGAAGAUCCGCAGCGCUUGCCAUCAGUUCCCGCGCUCCCUGCGGGCCGCCAGCCUCCAGAUCUGCCGCACCCGGCGGAGGCUCAUUCGCACAGAGGUCCGCCUGCAGCGUCAAGCCAGCAGCCCUGGUGCGCCUCUUCGGAAGUUGCUGCGGGUUUCAAUUAUUUGCCAAAUGGAUUUUAACCGUCUUGAUUUAUAAUGUUAACAUUGCAGCUUCAUUUUUUGGGUUUUUUGUUUUUUUUGCAAAUUACUUAGAAGUUUUAUUACAAUCCAAGUGGUGCACACAUUUCGACACUCAAAUAAAUAGGAUGAACAAAAACAGGCUCUUAUUGAAAUAAAAACUGUCCAGUCCAAAAAUAUGGUUCCAAAGCUUUACUAACAGAACUUGUUCAAAACAGACAAAAAAGCAAAUAAUGUUACAUCAGAUAGUUGCAUAAGAUCAUGUUCUUGUCCAAGCAUAGGAACAACAUCUUAGAAAUAGGAAAUUACUUCACCUGGAACUGAAAACAACGCUCUGUGUUUCCAACACACGGACUACCUUAGCUGUGUUCCUGGAGAGAGAUGAAGCACACACUUUUUCUCCGGUGGCCUAAGAACAAAGACUAACUCACAGACCUGAAAUGGAGAUUUGUAACUGAAUACCUUUCUCAGGUGAUCUAUGUUAAACACCUCAUGUCAGAGCAGCAGAGCUACAUCAGCAGCUGACCAUUAACCUGUUAGGCAUUCUGAGAGCUCUAGUUGACCUCAAUGGAAUUUUUCAAUGUUAAACCUCUAGCAAUACAUAUACAGAGCCAUUUUCCAUUUCAACGUACAAUUAAACAAUACUUAACACAUCCUUGGCCAGGCUCUGACAAAAUGCCCCCAUUCCUUUCUGUUUUGCUGGCCUCCAAGUUCCUCUUGUGGCGUGAAAUCAGCUUAAAAUGGUAAACAGGUGAGGGGGGGUCAAGCGGGUGGAUGCUGGGGGCUGCUGGCCUUCCAUGCCUGCCAAAUUUAUGCUUUCCACUGCCCCACCCUUCCGUUUCUUGCAGGUGUCUGCCAAAGCUCCCCAGGCCCAAGCCUGUCAUCUUCGAAGCCCACUUUGGAGUCGACUUCGGCCUCCAGCUCUGGGGAGGUGGUCUCCAUCACGCCCACCACCUCCAGCUUCUCCCUCCCGCCCCACCCGCUUUCCCCGCCUCCCCCCUCCCCACCCCUCCUUCAGCCAGAUCUCAGGGUCCUGCAAAAAGCGUUGGAGACCUUGCUCGAAAUUGAGGCCCACCAGCUGCAGGAGCGUAAGUACCAGACAGAAGCUCCCCCCGUGGCUCUUCCUUUUGAUCCUGUUUACAAGAUUCCUUAUAAAUAAGCCCCAGGGUUGGUGACAGUCCUAUAAUAUAAAGUUAUAAAAAAACAGGUAUAGAAUCAGAAAGGAACCCAGAGGCUCAUCCAGUCCAACCCCUGCUAUGCAGAUAAAACUGUUUCCAGUGGAGAACAGCAUACAUUUCAGCCAAAGGAGUCCCACAGAAAUGGCAAAGGCUAAGGUGGAAAAGAUUAAACCUCCCACAACGAAGGUGCCAGGUGCAACUCCAUAGGGAGGGAUCUUCACAAUGUGGGGGCUGACACAGAGAAGGCCCUGUCUCCCCACUCUCUCUUGCCCUCCAGGCCACAGUCCCCCAUACUUCUGAGGGCCAGUGGAACUACCAUGGAAGACGGCCUCACCCCUGCAGAACUUCGCUCCCGAGGAGGUCCUAGCAAUGGAGAUGGUCUUUCAGAUCAUUGACACCUUCCUUGGCAAGCUAUCUCACUAGACUCAUAGUCCCGAUAGCACAUUUUUCUUUACUUUGACAAAGUAAUAAUCAUACAUAAAUAAGAAUAAAAAUGUGCACCGCACCGCCAAGACCAUUCCAUUGUAACUAUCCAACUUCCCAAAAUUUCAACACCUCUUGCGAUGGUUUGACCCCUUUCUGUUUUGACAGUACCAAUUCUACAAACACCCUCCAUAUCGCCUGAAAAUAAUUUCUCCUGCAUAUUCCCCGCCUUACCUUAAUGGCACAUGUUAAUUUAUCAUUAAUAGCUGUGUCAUAGCUAGUUUUUCUAACUAUCCUGUCAUUGCCAAUACCCCAGUCUCCGAGUAGGGCAUUUUUUGGGAUCAGUGCCGGUUUUACGUAUAAGAUAAACAAGCUAUAGCUUAGGGACCCCCUCUUUUGGGGGCCCCAAAAACAUUUAAAGGAAAAAAAAAACCUGACUGUACAUUUCCAAAAUAUAAGCUAAAAAAGAAAUAAAAUAAAACCUACAUACAGCAACAGUGUUUUGUGUUGUGUAGGCUCCUAUGAUGUACAUAUUUUGUUAUGUGCAAAUGGUUUUAGAUACCUAUGAGGUCCAUAAAUUACCAUAUAGCAUAUAUUCAACACAAAAAACAGCGACAAUUUGUUGUUGACCAAGGACAGCUGGACAUAUAAAGGGCCCCAUUACCUUCAGUAACUUAGGGCCUCACCGAACCUAAGUCCAGCCUUGCUUGGGAUGAAGUUCUGCUGGAAACUGGCAGUGUGUUCUGUGGUCUAAGGCUUAUUUUGCAUGUAUAUUCAGGCUGAGAAGAAGAUGAUGGGGAUCCCAGCAUUAACACUCUGCAGGGGACAGCAAACUUUUUCAGCAGGGGGCCGCUCCACUGUCCCUCAGACCUUGUGGGGGGCCGGACUAUAUUUUGGAAAAAAAGAAGGACAAAUUCCUAUGCCCCACCAAUAACCCAGAGGUGCAUUUUAAAUAAAAGGACACAUUCUACUCAUGUAAAAACACGCUGAUUCCCGGACCGUCUGCGGGCCGGAUUGAGAAGGCGAUUGGGCCGGAUCUGGCCCCCGGGCCUUAGUUUGCCUACCCAUGCUCCAACGGAUUCCCCUUCCUCCCUUUAGGGUUCCUGGUGCAUCACCAAAACUAUCCGUUUUGGAUUUGCACAGAGAGCAAGUCCAGCCUCUGUGUCUUUUCCAGAGCCAGGCCCCAAACUGCCCGAUUUCCUCCUUUGAGCACGCAGACACCCUUCAGCCAGAGGUGCAGCCGCCAGAAUCCCACCUCGUCCCAGACAUUCUGUUAUUCAAAGUUCAAUGCCCAUGGAUUCUGAAAUAUACUCAGAGUCGCAAAGUGAUUUCAUGCUCUUUAUUCAGCUCAUAGUGGUGAGGAGGAAUGAAUGAAAGUCCCCUCAAAGUAUCUGCUUUAUAUACAUUAUUUACACAAUGGGCUGCACAUGAUUAGCUAAUUCCGGAAUUCUACUGUAAGCCAAUCAGGUUGUGGAUUCACUUCUAUCUGAAGCAUGAUUGGGUGGUUCCUGCCAACCAAUCAUACUGCUGCAUUGUUCUAGGACCAAUCAGACUGCUGCAUGCUGAAUCCUAUUGUUCUAGGACCAAUCAGACUGCUGCAGUUUGGAUCCUAUUCAACUCAGUACAUAACAGAUUCCCUAAAACCCACUGACAUCACAGCGACCCACAGCAAUUGCAAAGGCACAGCAACUGGCCUCCCAACUGGUCUGGAAAGGGGCCAGGAGCACCCGGGACAAGGAGGGGCCCUCAUCCACCAGCCCAUCACCUUCUCUCUUCCCCUUGUAAUAAACAAAAAUCUGCCCUCAUUCCCUUCUGGGGGACACAAGAGCCCUUAUAGAGUCCUUUGUAGGUUCUCCAUCGGUCGGAGAAAAGAACAGAGGCCAACCAGGGAAUAUUGAGAAGCAAAGCCUGACCUUUAUUGAUCUGUUGCAACAGGGUGCUGCCCUCACACGCAGGAAAGGAGGAGGAUCCCGAACAAAGGUGUGCCCGCCCUUAUAUAGACAUUUUAAAUUGCCUGCCUGGAGUCCAAGACCACUGCCAGAAACAUCAUACAUCCUUCACAGACAAGGUGGUCUACAACAGAAAUUUGAAUGCUGUUGUUUUUCCUGUCUGGCAGGUUAUCUGAUUGCCUUUCCUGGUAGUCUGGCCAUUCCUUAGAGAUGGUGUUUUCCCAAUUCCUGAGACAAUGGGAAGGUUCUCUGACCCCCUCCCUCCUUGCAGAGAAAAUACUUGGUCAGUUUGGGAGUCAGAAUGGUUUCAGGGUUGUUUUCCUGUGCUGCUUCAGACAUGUGGUUUAUAUAUUUAUGUGUUUGCUUGGUACAUUUAUGAAUCUUUACUAUAUAUCUAAGACCUUAUUUUUUUUUAUUUCCCCCUGCAGGGAAAAGGGACGUUCGGACGUGCCAGGAGUGCCUGAGGUCCCUCCGGGAGUUGAGGGCGCAGCUGCAGAAAGUGCGGAGCAGACUCUGGCGGGUGGAGGCCAUCCUGGGCAUCCAGGUGCCCCCCAGGGAGCUGGAGGUGGGAGAGCAAGAGGAGGAGGAGGAGGAGGAGGAGGAAGAAUGAGCCCCUCGCAGGCGCCCCAAACAUCCACAUUCAGAACAUCCAAAUUCUCUCCCUCCUCUGAAGAUGCUGGGCGGCGGAUCUGCUGUUUAUUGUCUUAUUUGCACCCAUUGCAAGUAACUAAUCUUUUCAGACAACAUUUUAGACCAAGGAUUAAUGACUGAAUGCAGGACGGCCUUUGUUGAAUUUUUUCUUAGGCACUAUUUAAGGAUAUUUUAAAUUAAAUUUUCAAAUAAGCACGCAAUAAAGGAAACAUCAGAAUAUU